AUGUUUGUAUGUAAAAAAUGUUCGAGGUACGUUAUUAAGAAGAUUUUCCACACGUUUGUAGGUGACGACAAAUAUAAAUUUCUGUUUUUAAAAAAUGGAGGAGAUGCUUAUAAGAAUAUCUUUCUCUUUCAUAAAGGAUAUAUAAGUACAAAUGUAAGAAGUGAAAAAAAAGAAAGAACAAAAAAAAAAAAAAAUGAUGUAGAUAUAAAAAAAGUGUUUGUGGGUACUUCCAGUGAGUCAAAUAUACAAGAUGAAAAUAAAACAAAAGGAAAUGAUAAUAACAACAUGGAAAUAUAUAAUAUAUGUAAUAAUAAUAAUCAUAUUAGGACUUAUAAUGAAAUAAAAAAAUUUACAGAUAUUAAUAUUUUUAAUAGUAAUAAUAAAUGCUUACCUAUCAAAGAUAAUAUAAAUAAUAUGAUUAAUGAUAAUUAUGAUAAUGAACAGAAAAAAAAAAAAAAAAAAGAAGAAGAAAAAUAUAUUAAUAGUCUGAACGUCAAAAAUGAUUUAUACAAUUCGCAAUCUAAUAAUAAUAUUAUUAAUAAUAAUAAUAAUGACACACUUAUUAUUGAUAAAAACAAAUUGGAUGAACAAGUCAUAAAAGAAUUAUCUAAUUUAAUCAUUUCUAUUAAAAAAAUAGAUAAAGAAGAAAAAGAGAAUAUAAUAAAAUAUAUAAAUACAUUAAAUAAAAAAUAUUUAAAAAAUAUUAAUAAGAAUAUAAUUGUAUUUUUUGAAAAUCUCGAUAUAUAUAUGUCAGUAAAUGGGUUGUUAAUAUGUGAUAUAGGUGGGGAAGAAAUAUUUAAUUACAUCAAUAAAAUUACAUUAUCAUCAAAUAAUAUGGAUAAUAUAAAAAAACAAACAAAUGUUAAUACAGAGAAGAAUAAUGUAAAUACAACUGAAACGUUUUUGAAUAUAGAUGAUGUGUCCAAAGAAGACAAUAUUAAUAUAAAUAAUAUGUUUAAUAUAAAUUAUAUAAAGGAAAAAAAAAAAAAAAUUUACGGAGAUAAUAUAUAUCCAAUAGUUAUGAAAUCUGAAGAAAAAGAAGUUGUAACAAAAAAGAAUGAUUACAAUAAUAUAAACAUAAAUAAUGACAACAAUAAUAAUGAUAAUAGUAGUAGUAAUAAUAAUAAUAAUAAUAAUAGUAGUAGUAGUAGUAGUAAUAAUAGUAGUAAUAAUAUUUGUGAUGAUUUUAAUAUAUCCAAUUGUAAAAUCCAUUUAGAAGAAAAAAGGAAAAGUCAUCAAUCUAAUUAUUCGAGAAUUUCAAAUCUUCAUUUUGAAUCCAAUGUAGAAAAAGAAAAAAAUAUCAUCAACUUUAGAAGACAGAUGUUAAUUGAAAGAUCUUCUUAUAAAAAAGCCAUAGAAGAAGCAGAAGAAUUUGUUUCGAAUUUACAUGAUUUAAAAAAAAUUACAGAAAUUCAAGGACUGUGUAAGAUAUAUUUAAAUUGGAUUAGUGAAUUAGAAAAACGUAUUAUUUUGUAUAAAGAAAAAAAUAAAAAUAAAAAAAAAAAAAAUGUUUUUCCAGAUGGUAUCGAUGAUAAAUUAUUAGCUACAAUAACAGUCAAAUGGACUAUUCAAUAUACUUUUAAUCCUUUAAAAAAAAAAUAUUCAAAUAAUGUUACUACACAAUCCAAAUAUUUCGAACACGAAUAUUCUUAUCAAUCUUUAUUUACACAUAUAGCCAUAAAAAUAGGAGAAGAAAUAAACAAUGAACUCAAUUUUCAAUUACUAGAAAAAAAAAACCUUCUUUAUAAUUAUAUGAAGAAAAAUAAAAAUAAAUCAUCCUUUUCUCAUUUUCAAAAGUAUAGGAUAAUAAGUCAAAUGAAGCAGAAAAUUGGGAAGGGCGAUCAAUUGAGACAACAGAGUGUUCUUGAUGGUAAAAAGGGAAGUAGUGUUUGUGAUUAUGUUGGCAUGGAUAGGGAUGGAAUAUAUAAGAAUGGCAUAUAUAAGGAUGACAUUGAUAAGAAUGAAACUGAUAAGAAUGAAACUGAUAAGUAUGACACUGAUAAGUAUGACACUGAUAAGUAUGACACUGAUAAGUAUGACACUGAUAAGAAUGACACUGACAAGAAUGAAACUGAUAAGUAUGACAUUCAUAAUGAUGACAUUGAUAAGAAUGACACUGAUAAGUAUGACAUUGAUAAGAAUGACACUGAUAAGAAUGACACUGAUAAGAAUGAAACUGAUAAGUAUGACAUUCAUAAUGAUGACAUUCAUAAGAAUAACAUUCAUAUGUGUGAUGAAUAUUACCGACUUAUGAAUAACCCUACACAUAUAAAAAACGAUGAUGAUAAUUUAAUUCAAUGGAAUUCUGUGAAGAAGGCAACAAUAGGAGGACUAUUAUUAAACAUGCUUAUUGAGAAUGCCAAAAUGGAUGUUGAUAUUAAUGUAGCAAAAAAUGAAUUUAAAAAUGAAUAUAAAUAUUAUUUAUUUUUACAUAAGACAGCCAAAAAUAAUGCUGAUGAAUUAUAUGAAGAAUGUAAAUAUAAAAAAGAAUUAAAUUAUCAAAAAUUUUAUGAAGAUGAAUCGAAUACAUUAAAAUUUAUUAUUCUUGAUAAAUAUAAAAAGACUAAUUGUUAUGAUAAUGCUUUUAAAAAAAAUAAAUCACAAAAAAAAAAAAGUACAUAUAAUUAUUCGGCAAAUGGUAAUAAUGGGGACAAAUUUUUUAUGCCGUCUAAGGAGCAUAUUGGUGGGAACUCCUAUGGUGGCAGCUCAUAUGGUGGCAGCUCAUAUGGUGGCAGCUCAUAUGGUGGCAGCUCAUAUGGUGGCAGCUCAUAUGGUGGUAGCUCAUAUGGUGGCAGCUCCUAUGGUGGGGGGGUAAAAAAUGUGGAGAAAGAAAAAUAUGUGGAUGAACCUCAAAAUGUGGGGGAACCUCUUGAUGUUGAAGACCCCCUUAAUGUUGAAGACCCCCUUAAUGUUGAAGACCCUCUUAAUAUUAAAGACCCCCUUAAUGUUGAAGACCCCCUUAAUAUUAAAGACCCUCUUAAUAUUAAAGACCCUCUUAAUAUUAAAGACCCCCUUAAUAUUAAAGACCCCCUUAAUGUGGAUACACCCGACCAACCUCACAUUUCAGACAACAAAAAACAAAGUAGCUUUUGCCAGAAACAAAGAGCCAAAUUAAUGAAAAAAGAAAUUAUUUUAUAUAGAUCCAAGAGAGAUAGAAACAAAAUUGAGUUACCUGUAUUUAUUCAUUCAUAUGUAUGGAAAAAUAAUAAUUGGUAUGGUGUCAUACAUAUGCGUGAGUGUUGUGCAAAUUAUUUAUUAGAUAAUGCAAUAAAUUCUCAUAUUCCUUUAAAUUAUUUACCUAUGAUAUGUAAACCAAAGAGGUGGUCAAAUAAUGAGGGAGGCAUGUUAUUAUUAAAAAAUAAUUUUAUUCGUUGUAAUAUCAAACCAUUAUUUAAUUUAAAUGUUUGUAAUUUAAAUAGAAUAAAAAAUAUUGUAUCAGAAAUAGGUAAUGUGGGAUGGAAAAUUAAUAAAGAAAUUUUGCAUUAUAUAGAAUAUGCAUAUAUUCAUGGUAUAACAAUAGGAAAAAUACCUCUUUAUAAAAAUUAUAGCUUACCAAAAAAAUAUAUUAAUUUAAAAGAACAAAAUAAUGAAGAAAUAAAAAAAUAUUUUUUAUUAAAAGAAGAAAUUAAUAGAUUAAAUAAAUGUUUAAUAAGUGAAAGACCUACAUUCUUACAAAAAUUAGCUGUAGCUAAAACUUUAAAAGAUAAUGAAAUUAUCUAUUUUCCUCAUAAUAUAGAUUUUAGAGGAAGGAUGUAUCCAUUAUCACCACAUCUACAUCAUAUGAGUGAUGAUAUAUGUAGAAGUCUAAUCACAUUUGCAGAACAAAAAGAAAUCGGUCAUAAAGGAUUAUUCUGGUUAAAAAUACAUCUUGCAAAUACAUUUGGAAAAGAUAAAUUAAGCUUUCAAAAAAGAAUUCAAUGGGUUGAUCAAAAUAUUAAUAAUAUUAAAAAAUUAACUCAACAACCAUUUGAUAAUAUCGAAUUCUGGAAUAUGGCUGAAAAACCAUGGCAAGCAUUAGCUGUAGCAAUAGAUCUCAAAAAUGCACUAGAAUCUGAUAAUGUUUUUAAAUAUAAAAGUAGUAUACCAAUUCAACAAGAUGGUACUUGUAACGGCUUACAACAUUAUGCAGCCCUAGGAAAAGAUAAAUACGGUGGACAAGCAGUAAAUAUAAUCCCUUCAGAUGAACCUCAAGAUAUUUAUUCCGUAGUUUUAGAUAUAGUCAUAAAUAAAAUUAAAAAUGACUUGCUAAAUAUAUCAAGUGAUCAUAAUAAUAAUAUUAUAUCCUUCAAUAUGAAUCACAACAUAAAAACAAACAAUAAAUACAACAUCAACAACAUCAACAAUAAUAAUAAUAAUAAUUAUAAUAAUAAUAUUUUUUGUAGUAGUUAUAGUAGUAGUUGUAGUAGUAAUUACUCUGAUAGUAAUAAUAACUCUAAUCUUAAUAAAAACGAAUUAGCUAGCUAUUGCUUCAAAUUUGAUCUUUUAAAAAGAAAAGUCGUUAAACAAACCAUUAUGACCAUAUGUUAUGGUGUAACAUCUAUUGGGGCAAAAAAUCAAGUCAAAGGGAAAAUUCAAACAAUGAUAGGAAAAGAACUAGAUAAAAAUACAAUUAAUAAAUUGUCACAAUAUAUUGCUAAUUAUAUAUUUGAAUCUAUAAGUGAAAUAUUUAAAAGGGCUAUGAUCAUCAAAAAAUGGUUUAAUAAUUUGUCCAAAGUUACUAAUGAAUUAAAUAUACCUAUCACAUGGAUAUCACCCAUAGGAUUACCAUGUGAGCAACCAUACAGAUUAGGUAAUAGAAUUCUAGUCAAUACACCUUUACAAUCAAUUAGUGUUAUAUCAUAUAAAAAUAGUCAAUUACAUAAAAACAAACAAAGGUUAGGCUUCCCACCAAAUUUUGUUCAUUCACUAGAUGCAUCACAUCUCAUGAUGACAGCAGAAAAAAUGGUAAUUCAAAAUAAUUUUAGUUUUGCUGCAGUACAUGAUUCUUAUUGGGCUCAUGCAUGUAAUGUAGAUAUUAUGAAUCAAUUUAUAAGAGAAUCAUUUAUAACAUUGUAUAAUGAACCUAUUCUAGAAAAUAUAUAUAACAACUUUAGAAUCAGGUUGGGUAAAUUUGCUACUAAAAUACCAUCAUCCCCUGAACAGGGAGAAUUGGAUAUUUCCCUUGUAAAGGAUAGUCUUUACUUUUUUAGCUGA